CUGGUGCUGUGCCGGAUCCCGGAGAGGGGCGGGCGCCAUUGUGCUUCUCUGUGAACUGCUCUGCUUCAGUCAGAGGCCUAGAACUCCGAGGAGGAAGGCGGCGGUGUGGUUGCUGCGAGCGGGACGUGCCCUGUUCAGUGCCGGUUCGAGUGCAAGGAAAACCUUAAAAAUGGAGUCUAAACCUUCAAGGAUUCCAAGAAGAAUUUCUGUUCAACCCUCCAACUCUUUAAGUGCUAGGAUGAUGUCUGGAAGCAGAGGAAGUAGUUUAAAUGAAACCUAUCACUCAAGAGACUCUUCAUUUAGACUGGAUUCUGAAUAUCAGUCUACAUCAGCAUCAGCUUCACCAUUUGAGUCUACAUGGUAUAGUGAAUCUGAGAUAACUCAGGGAGCACGAUCAAGAUCACAAAACCAGCAGCGGGAUCAUGAUUCAAAAAGACCUAAACUUUCCUGUACAAACUGUACAUCUACCUCAGCUGGGAGAAAUGUUGGAAAUGGUUUAAGUUCAGUAUCAGAUUCUUCUUGGAGGCAUAGUCAGGCUCCCAGAUCUUCAUCGGUGGUACUUGGAUCAUUUGGAACAGACUUAAUGAGAGAGAGGAGAAAUGUGGAGAGAACAGAUUCCUCCAUUAGUAAUCUUAUGGAUUAUAGUCACCGAAGUGGCGAAUUCACAACUUCAUCAUAUGUUCAAGACAGAGUUCCUUCAUAUUCACAGGGAGCAAGACCAAAAGAAAACUCAAUGAGCACUUUACAGUUGAAUACAUCAUCCGUAAGCCACCAAUUGCCUUCUGAACAUCAGACUGUACCAAGUUCUAGGGACUCCAGCAGAAAUUCUUUAAGAUCAGAUUUUUCUCCAAGAGAAUCAGAAUCUCCCCGAAGCAGUACACAACCUGGAUUUUCUUAUAGUUCAAGUAGAGAUGAAACCCCAACCAUAAACAAUUCUGAAAGGCUUGGUUCGUCUCAGAGAUCAUUUCAAGAAUCUUCUGACAAUGAAGGUAGGCGGACGACUAGGAGAUUAUUGUCACGUAUAGCUUCUAGCAUGUCAUCUACUUUUUUUUCACGAAGAUCUAGUCAGGAUUCCUUGAACGCAAGAUCAUUGAGUUCUGAAAAUUCUUACAUUUCUCCAAGAAUCUUGACAGCUUCGCAGUCUCGUAAUAAUGCAGCAUCAACUUCUGAAGUUUCUGAUACUAGGGCAUCUGAAGCUUCUCAGGGAUUUCGAUUUCUUAGACGAAGAUGGGGUUUGUCAUCUCUUAGCCAGAAUCAUAGCUCUGAGUCAUAUUCAGAAAAUUUUAACCAAGAGUCUGAAGGCAGAAAUACAGGACCGUGGUUAUCUUCCUCACUUAGAAAUAGAUGCACACCUUUGUUCUCUAGAAGGAGACGAGAGGGAAGAGAUGAAUCUUCAAGGACACCUACCUCUGAUAUACCAUCUAGAUCUCAUAUUUUUAGAAGAGAAUCAAAUGAAAUGGUUCACCUUGAAGUACAGAAUGAUCCCCUUGGGGCUGCUGCCAACAGACCACAAGCAUCUGCAGCAUCAAGCAGUGCCACUACAGGUGGUUCCACAUCCGAUUCAGCUCAAGGUGGAAGAAAUACAGGAAUAACAGGGAUUUUUCCUGGUUCCUUAUUCCGAUUUGCAGUCCCCCCAGCACUUGGAAGUAAUUUGACCGACAAUAUCAUGAUCACUGUAGAUAUUAUUCCUUCAGGUUGGAAUUCAACUGAUGGAAAAAGUGACAAAAGUAAGAGUGCACCUUCAAGAGAUCCAGAAAGACUGCAGAAGAUAAAAGAGAGCCUUCUUUUAGAGGACUCUGAAGAAGAAGAAGGUGACUUAUGUAGAAUUUGUCAGAUGGCAGCAGCAUCAUCAUCUAAUUUGCUGAUAGAGCCUUGCAAGUGCACAGGAAGUUUGCAGUAUGUCCACCAAGAGUGUAUGAAAAAGUGGUUGCAGGCCAAAAUUAACUCUGGUUCUUCAUUAGAGGCUGUAACCACUUGUGAACUCUGUAAAGAGAAGUUGCAGCUUAACCUGGAGGAUUUUGAUAUUCAUGAACUCCAUAGAGCUCAUGCAAAUGAACAAGCUGAGUAUGAGUUUAUCAGCUCUGGUCUCUACCUAGUUGUGUUAUUGCACUUGUGUGAACAAAGUUUUUCUGAUAUGAUGGGAAAUACAAAUGAACCAAGCACACGUGUCCGAUUUAUUAACCUUGCAAGAACUCUUCAGGCACAUAUGGAAGAUCUCGAAACUUCAGAGGAUGAAUCCGAAGAAGAUGGAGACCAUAACAGAACGUUUGAUAUUGCCUAACUUCAUAUAAGACAAAUGGACGAUCUGUGAAAAAGUGUUUAUUAAAACUGGCAAUUAAGAAUGAAUUAAUUUUGUGGGGGAAUGCCUGUUAAAUACAUUGACUAUAUAAAACGAAUAUAUAUAUACACAUGUAUGCAUGUAUAUAUAUAUUCGUUCUCAAGUAUUACUGAAUUAAAAUUUUACUGCUGGACCUUUUAACUUGGCCAGCUAAUCUGAUGUUUAUAAACUGGUAAUCAAAAGUUUUUCUUUUAGGUGAGUGGGAAUGUAUUACUCGUUUUAAAUAUCUAAUGUCCAUUAACCCUUUUUUGUCUUCUGAUUACUGUAGUCAUAUUUAUAAAAAAAAAAAAAGGUUUGUGUUUUAGUCUCUUGCUAGUGAGAAAAGUGGGACAAAAUAUGCUUUUGAAAUAAAAUGCCAGUUGGCACCUAAUUAUUUUUUCUUUUAAAAUGCCUUAAAUUGCAGUCCCAUUUUGAUAAUCAUUUGCUUCCAGUGUUUAAAAAUAAAAAUAAAAGGAAUGGGGAGGAGGUUAUGAAGAGCAGCAUUAUAUUAGGUUUCCAAAUUUAAUUUGAAUUCUAAAUUCAUUUAGCAGUAAAAUCUAAUUUUUAAAAAAGUAUAUAAACAUAAAAUACAUAAAUGAUGGAUAAAUUUUUGUAUUGAUUUGCAAAAUGCAGAUUAUAUUUGAUAGGCCAUAGUUUAUAGAUAUUCCUCUUAGGAAUAUCACAGCUGUAAAUUAUAUCAGAAUUGCCAGUAAAUGCUGUUUGGUUAAAAAAAAGAAUAAUUGCAAUCUAAAGGUAAUGAUAUAUUUUAGGGCUGAGCCUGUGGCGCACUCGGGAGGGUACAGCGCUGCAGCGACGCUCCCGCCGCGGGUUCGGAUCCUAUAUAGGAAUGGCCAGUGUGCUCACUGGCUGAGUGCCGGUCACGAAAAAAAAAAAAAAAAAAGACUAAAGGGAAUGAUAUAUUUUAAAAUCCCACACUCAAAGUUUAAAACACUGGUUUUCAAUGUGUUUUUUAGUGUUGUCACUUCUUUAUAGAUAAAUAAGAUACAAAUAACCUGUUUGGAUCCUGGUCCUUUUUAACUCUUGAUAAUUCUGAGCAUUUAUUUGAUGACUUACUAAUAUUUUUCACUAUCUUUGGAGAACAGAUGAACAUUACCUAUUCACCAUGAAUGGGUCUUACACUGUGGUCAUGACUUGUGUAAACUUCUAUAACACUGUAGUUUUCCUUUGUAUGUACCAUUAGGAUACACUUAAAAACACCUUCAGGUGGUUUCAGGUUAAAUUCUGAUAGUAUGGCAACAAGCUACUUUUUCAGAACCUAUAUAGAAACCAUGUAAUUUCUCAAACGUGAAUGAACAAUUUGCCCACACUUAAGUCAGUUUGUUGGUCUUAUGUAAAACCUUGGCUUUAAAUAAAAUGCAUACUGAUUGAUUUA